UCGUCUCACGAGGGUGAGAAAAUGUCAUGGCUUUAUGUAUGUAGUGUUUCAAAAUUAACAUUUGAUGAACCGGAGGAUCUCUCUCUCUUGCUCGGUGUGAUCUGAUGUGGCUGGCUACGGCACUGCUACACCAACCCGUUGCUCCGACCCGACCCGCCUUGUCUUGCCCGACCCGAUUCGCUCGCUCCCUUAGGAGGUCGCCCUUUCUUCGGUCUCCGGCGGCGAGGAAGAGGCGCCUGACGGAGUUGCGCAUCAAGAAACUAGACGAAGAUCAUGAGAAAUCGCCGUUUUCGUCCGUGGAGGAAGAGGAAUCGUCCGUUGAUUUGGGUUGGUUACCGGCUUUUCCUCACGUAUCGGUUGCGUCAAUGGCGAAUUUUCUCUUCGGUUAUCACAUUGGAGUGAUGAAUGGUCCCAUCGUGUCUAUUGCACGGGAACUUGGAUUCGAGGGAAACUCGAUACUUGAGGGUCUUGUUGUGAGCAUAUUUAUCGCGGGUGCAUUUAUUGGUAGCAUAAGCUCUGGUCCACUGGCUGACAAGCUGGGCUGCCGAUACACUUUUCAGAUUGUCACGGUACCGCUGGUUCUUGGUGCCCUUUUGAGUGCACAAGCUCAUUCCUUGGAUGAAAUACUAUGUGGAAGAUUUCUUGUUGGUCUUGGCAUAGGCGUGAACACAGUUCUUGUCCCCAUUUAUAUUUCUGAGGUUGCUCCAACGAAGUACAGGGGUUCCCUGGGGACAUUGUGUCAAAUUGGCACAUGCAUUGGGAUAAUCGUUUCCCUUCUAUUGGGGAUUCCUGCAGAAGAUGACCCAAAUUGGUGGAGGACAAUGCUCUAUGUGGCGAGUAUGCCUGGUUUUCUUCUUGCACUCGGUAUGCAGUUUGCAGUUGAAAGUCCUCGUUGGCUCUGUAAGGUUGGAAGACUGAAUGAUGCCAAAUCAGUGAUAAAAGACAUUUGGGGAGAGUCUGAAGUCAGCAAGGCUGUUGAAGAUUUUCAGUCUGUCAUCAAGAAUGAUGGCACAGACUUGGAUAGUGGAUGGUCGGAACUCCUUGAUAAGCCACACUCACGAGUUGCAUUCAUAGGAGGUGCCUUGUUUCUACUUCAGCAAUUCGCGGGCAUUAAUGGUGUUCUUUAUUUCUCAUCUCUAACAUUUCGAGAUGUUGGAAUCACAAGUAGUGCCCUAGCAAGUCUAUAUGUCGGACUCACAAACUUUGCAGGUGCUCUAUGCGCAUCUUAUUUGAUUGACAAGGAAGGGAGAAAGAAGCUCCUCAUUGGAAGCUACGUGGGAAUGGCAGCAUCGAUGUUUCUUAUCGUUUACUCUGUUGGGUUCCCCUUGGACGAAGAUCUGAGCCACAAUUUGUCAAUACUUGGAACAUUUAUGUAUAUUUUCACAUUUGCUGUUGGAGCCGGUCCUGUGACUGGUCUUAUUAUACCCGAGCUAAGCAGCAACAGAACACGUGGGAAAAUCAUGGGUUUCAGCUUCUCAGUUCACUGGGUCUGCAACUUUCUGGUCGGUUUGUUCUUUCUGGAUAUGGUGGAGAAAUUCGGAAUCGGUUCAGUCUACGCCGGAUUUGGCAUCGUAUCGUUGUUGGCAGCGGCAUUUGCGUACUACUUCACGGUGGAGACAAAGGGUCGUUCUCUCGAAGAGAUCGAAGUGUCCUUAAGCUCUGAUAUCUCCUCUGUUGGUGACUGAUUGAAAAGCAGGGGAGGAAGAGAUGAAUCAAACCCAGAGACAGAGAAAACCGAUCCCGGUAUGUCCGGUUCAACAGUUGGUAUGUUAUGCCCGGUUUAGAGGCUGUUUAUUCUGCAAACAACUUCGUUCCUUAAAUAAAUGCAUUGUGUCGCAUGAAACAAGUUGUAAAUAAAUGCCACUGGGAGGAGGGUUGUAUCACUUGCCAGAUACAAACUUAGAUUCUUCCAUCACAUUUUAAAAAGGCGAUAUACUCGUAAGGGUAGCGGUUGGAUUAUUUUCAA